CUCUCUCUCCUUCUUCGGAAAUGUUCACUUCGAGUGGGCCCCGUAGGUCCUCCAUCUCUCCCUUCCGUUCACGCAAGUCGCCGUCUCAACCGCCUCCCCCGGCGAAGUCCGGGGGGCGGCCACUUACUCCGUCUUCCACGACGUCGUCUCGGCCGCCUUCGAGACUCUCGGCUUCUCCCGCAACAUCCGCAAGCCCAAGCCCCAGCCCGCCAACUCUCGUACUUGACCGGCCCGAAAUCAGCAAGUACAAAGAAAAUGUGAUGGUCACGGUCCGGUUCCGUCCUCUCAGUCCAAGGGAGAUAAAUAAAGGGGACGAGAUAGCGUGGUAUGCGGACGGGGAUUAUACCGUGAGAAACGAGUACAAUCCUUCUAUUGCUUAUGGUUUUGAUAGAGUGUUUGGUCCAGCAACAACAACACGUCAUGUUUAUGAUGUCGCUGCUCAGCAUGUUGUCAGUGGAGCUAUGCAAGGAAUAAAUGGCACAGUUUUUGCAUAUGGUGUUACUAGUAGUGGGAAGACUCAUACAAUGCAUGGCGAGCAAAAGUCACCUGGAAUUAUUCCAUUGGCAGUGAAGGAUGUGUUUGGAAUUAUACAGGAGACACCUGCGCGGGAGUUCCUUCUUCGUGUUUCAUAUUUAGAAAUUUACAAUGAGGUCAUCAAUGACUUGCUUGAUCCAACUGGACAAAAUCUAAGAAUACGAGAAGAUGCCCAGGGAACCUAUGUUGAGGGAAUCAAGGAGGAAGUCAUUCUGUCACCUGCACAUGCUCUUUCCCUGAUAGCAUCUGGAGAAGAGCACAGGCACGUGGGUUCUAAUAACUUUAAUCUUCUUAGCAGUCGGAGCCACACUAUAUUCACCCUGACUAUCGAGAGCAGUCCGCAUGGAGAAAAUCAAGGGGAAGAAGAUGUGACUUUGUCCCAAUUGAAUUUAAUUGAUCUGGCGGGAUCUGAAAGUUCUAAAACUGAAACAACUGGAUUGCGGAGAAAAGAAGGUUCAUAUAUAAAUAAAAGCUUGCUUACUCUUGGCACUGUGAUUUCUAAAUUAACGGAUGGAAAAGCAACUCAUGUUCCCUAUCGAGAUUCAAAACUUACUCGUCUCUUGCAGUCAUCCCUUAGUGGCCAUGGACGGGUUUCUCUUAUUUGCACUGUGACACCUGCCUCUAGUAAUACUGAAGAAACUCACAAUACAUUGAAGUUUGCCCAUCGGAGUAAGCAUGUAGAAAUUAAGGCUUCUCAAAAUAAGAUUAUGGAUGAGAAGUCUCUCAUUAAAAAAUAUCAGAAAGAAAUUUCCUGUUUAAAGCAAGAACUCCAGCAAUUGAAGCUUGGAAUGAUUGAGAAUCAUUAUGUGGCUGCAUCCAGCCAAGAAGAUCUGGUUAAUUUGAAGCUUCAGCUGGAGGCUGGCCAGGUUAAAUUGCAGUCGAGAUUGGAGGAGGAGGAGCAGGCUAAGUCAGCUCUGAUGGGAAGAAUUCAGCGAUUGACCAAAUUAAUAUUGGUUUCCACUAAAAAUUCCAUGGCAUCAACUAUUCCUGAACGGCCUACUCAUCGACGGAGACAUUCUUUUGGGGAAGAUGAGCUAGCAUAUUUGCCAGAGAGAAAAAGGGAUUAUAUGAUUGACGAUGAUGUUGGAAGCUAUGUGUCUGAGCUAUCAUCCGAGGCAAGAGAUGAUAUCACUAAUCUAGAUGAAUUGGUUAAAGAUUUCAAGAGAAGUAGGAGGCGUGGAAUGCUUGGCUGGUUCAAAAUGAGGAAGCCUGAGAAUGUGGUUGGACUGUCACCAAGUGCUGACAGUGGAAGUUCCACUAGUGGAUCUCCUGCAUCUUCCUCAAAAUCAUCACAGAAUAGAGUUAUGUUCAAUGACAUGAAGGAUGGUCGGAGAAAAUCAAUCAGUAAACGGGGAGAUGAUUCCACUGCCGAUCCAUUUCCAGAAAGAACCCAAGCUGGUGAAUUGUUUAGUGCUACCGUUAGAGGUCGCCGUCUGCCUCCAUCUGGGAGUACUAUUGCAGAUCAAAUGGAUCUUCUGCAUGAGCAGGUGAAAAUGUUAGCUGGUGAAGUGGCAUUGUGUACUAGCUCUCUGAAAAGACUUUCAGAGCAAGCAACUAGCAAUCCUGAUGAUUUGCAACUUAGGGAACAAAUGCAGAAGUUGAAGGAUGAAAUUAGUGAAAAGAAGCUUCAAAUGCAUGUCCUGGAGCAACGUAUGAUUGGAUCAGUUCAGAUGACUCCACGUUCUUCAAGUACCACUGAGAUGUCACAGGCUUUGUCCAAGCUUACUACUCAGCUUAAUGAAAAAACUUUUGAACUUGAGAUCAAGUCAGCGGAUAAUAGGAUACUUCAGGAACAACUACAGAUGAAGAUAUCAGAGAACAUGGAAAUGCAAGAAACUAUUCUUCUGCUGAGGCAACAGGUCAAAUCAUUAUCGGAUAAAAGAUCUUGUCGUCCACAAAUAAUGGCAGAAAAUGAGGGUAUCCCACUCCAAACUUGUUCUGAAGAGCUAUCAGAAAAGAGGAACAAAGGGAAGAAUGGGAUUGGAUCAUGUGAAGAAAGUUGUGUUGAUGAUCAAACACCAACAAGUGUAAUGAGCUUAAAUAGAAUAUUUUCCCAGGACGACUCCAAGAAUUGCAACAAUGAUACCUUUUUGAAUUCUCAAGUUCUUAUGCAGGCUGCCGAGAUAGAGAAUUUGAAGCAAGAGAAGGUGAAAUUGAGUGAAGAAAAGGAUGGGCUUGAAAUUCAGAGUCAAAAAUUGGCAGAAGAAGCUUCAUAUGCAAAAGAGUUGGCUGCGUCUGCAGCAGUUGAGCUUCGAAACUUGGCUGAAGAAGUAACCAGACUUUCUUAUGAAAAUGCAAAACUGACUGGUGAACUGGCUGCUGCAAAAGAGGCACAUUGCAGAUCUAACUUCUCUCAGAGGUUUGGCUCACAUGAGUUCAAGCAACAUCACACCAAUGGAGCACGACCUGAUGGAAGAUGGAAACCAGAUGAUGGAGUUUUGGUUGAGGAGUUGCAGAAAGAACUUGGUGCUAGAUACCAAAGAGAAGCUGCUCUGGAAGCCGCACUAUCAGAGAGAGAAAAGAUAGAAGCUGAGCUCCGAAGAAGACUCAAUGAAGUUAAACAGCAUGAAGAAGAAUUAGAAAACGAGCUUGCAAAUAUGUGGGUGCAAGUUGCAAAGAUGAGAAAGUCUGGCAUUAAUGCUGAGGAUAUGUCUUCUGAAGUGGUCAAUGAAUAUAAAAUUUCACAAGAAGUUAGAAAUGGAUUUCUGCCAUCUAAUGGCCGUUCAUUUAAAUUGUCUGAAGCAGAUGAAAGUUGCGAAAAUGUGGAUGGGAAAAUUUCUUUUGAAGAGUUAAAAGCUAGUUAUCAGAAAGAAAGGAGAAGAUGCAAAGAACUGGAAAGCCUUAUGUUGAGAUUGAAGGGUGAAGAUAUUGGUGGUCUGGAUCUUGCUACUCUUGAAGAACUUCAAAAUUUUCAUGUUGAGGCUAUAACGAAAAUUUGCCACAUGAAGUGUACUAAUCAUGUCUUGUAGUACGCCAAGUUUAAGACAUCAAACUUACGGAGAUGGAGUUUCUGACUAUUGAGGUGUAAUGAAUUUGUACAGUCAUGGAAAUAUUGACCAAACUAAUUCAUGUCUCAGACAGACAGCUUUCUUCAACCAUUUGGUUGAAAGCAUUGAUCCUGAAGAUGGAUUUUUUAUUUUUAUUUUUUUUGGUUUUUUGUAAUUUAAUGCUCGUGCAGCUAACUUGAGGCAGAAAUGUAUGCAAAGAUAUUGAGGAUAUCGAUAUACAAGAGAUUUAUUGUAACAAAACCUGUCAGCUUGUUUAUAUUUGGAAUAUAGCCAGUAACAUUUUCUACCGCCAUA